UCAAAUAUAAAAAGUGCAAAAAAGUGUGGUUAAAACACAGCUCGCAUACUUUUAUGUAUAGUAUUAUCUUAUUGCAUACAUUGAAGAUAACGAACAUUUUAUCGAUGUUUUAGUUCUAAAAGUCGAUAAUAACUACAUUAAAAAUUAAUCGCUUCAUUGAGUUGAACUAAAGAUUCACGUAGUCCGCUUUGUCUCGGAAACUUCGAACAAGGAUUUUCUAUUAUGUCUCUGGACGAAAGAUUUAAUACAGCAGCCAUAGCAGUUAAGGAACUUGCUGCGCAACCAGCGGAUGAAGAUCUACUUGAAUUAUAUGCAUUAUAUAAACAAUCUACCAUUGGUAAUUGUAAUACUGAACGGCCAGGUAUGUUAGAUUUUAAAGGAAAAGCAAAAUGGGAUGCCUGGAACAAUAAAAUGAACAUGGAACCAGAAACGGCAAAGGAAAAAUACAUCGCUAAAGUGGAAGCAUUAAUUGCCUCGAUUGGAAAGAAAUAAUAAUACGUUGACUGCUUCUUUGCACACGUAUUACGUAAUUACGCUUGAUUUACAAAAUUUUGUAUGGAAUAGCAAGCACCGAAAGCACUGUGAUACACAUGAAUCAGUGAUGGCGUAUAAGAUACAAAUUUUCUAUUCUAUAACGAUUCAUUAAAAAUUACACGUAUUUGUAUAAUUUGUAUAUCUUUUUCUCAUUUCUUUGCUUAUUUACAAAUUCUAUAGCUGUUCUUUUAUUGUAGUAAAAUAGACAAAACUUCUCGCAUA